AUGUUUGACCUUGACUCUACGGUUGUCGUGCUCCAAUCUCCGAGCUCCCGUGCCCUUGGCCAUGCGGUUGUCACGGCAACCGCGGCAGCCUGGCAGGCUCAUUGGCUGGCAGGCCUGCUGCUGGAGGACAACCCGUCCAUCAGGGCCAUCACUCUGGGUCACGGUCACAUCCUGGUGGGAACCAAGAACGGUGAAGUUCUGGAGAUCGACAAAACCGGACCGAUGACACUACUGGUGCAGGGUCAUAUGGAGGGGGAGGUUUGGGGUCUGGCCUCCCACCCGCUCCUCCCCGUCUGCGCCACCGUCAGCGACGAUAAAACGCUGCGACUGUGGGAGACGUCAGCCAAUCACCGCAUGGUGGCCGUCCGCAAGCUGAAGAGAGGCGGCCGCUGCUGUGCCUUCUCUCCUGAUGGGAAAGCGUUGGUGGUCGGUCUGAGCGACGGCGGCGUGCUGGUGGUGAACGCCGACACUCUGGAGGAUCUGCUGAGCUUCCACCAUCGCAGAGACGCUAUAUCUGACGUCCGCUUCACACCAGACUCGGGGAAGUAUCUGGCGGUGGCGUCACAUGACAGCUUCGUGGACAUCUACAACGUGCUGAGCAGUAAGAGAGUCGGGAUCUGUAAAGGACCGUCCAGCUACAUCACACACAUCGACUGGGACGCUCGAGGUAAACUGCUGCAGGUGAACACCGGAGCCAAAGAGCAACUGUUCUUUGAAGCCCCGAGAGGAAAGAGACAAACCAUCAGGAACUCUGAGCUGGAGCGGGUGGAGUGGUCUAGCUGGACGUGUGUGUUGGGUUCGAGCUGUGAGGGAAUCUGGCCGACACACAGCGACAUCACCGACAUCAACGCCGCGUCGCUCACCAGAGACCGAACGCUGCUCGCCACCGGAGACGACUUCGGCUUCCUCAAACUGUUCAGCUACCCCGUCAGAGGUCAGUACGCUCGUUUUAAGCGUUACGUGGGCCACAGCGCUCAUGUGACCAACGUGCGCUGGGCUCAGGACGACUCCGCCCUCCUGACGGUGGGCGGGGCCGACACCGCCCUGAUGAUCUGGGCCAGGGAGCGAGGGGGAGGGGUCACCGCCGACGGGGAGGGGCCGUUGUUUCGUGAUAACCGUCCGCCGGUCGACAGCGAGGAGUCAGACGACGACAUCGAGGAGGACGGAGGCUAUGACAGCGAUGUAGCGAGGGAGAAGACGGUGGAUUACCCGACCAAGAUGUACGCUGUCAGCAUCAGAGAGAUGAGAGGAACCAAACCUCACCAACAGCUGAAAGAGCUGUCUGCUGAAGAGAGGCCUCCGGUGAGCCGAGCUGCACCGCAACCAGAGAAACUGCAGAAGAACAACGUCUCCAAGAAGAAGAGAGUGGUGGAGGACAUGAUUCUGGAUCACGUGUUUGGUUUCCGUGGCUUCGAUUGUCGUAACAACCUUCACUACCUCAACGACGGCGCCGACAUCGUCUACCAUACUGCCGCCACUGCCAUCGUCCACAGUCUCAGCACUGGAACUCAGAGCUUCUACCUGGAACACAAUGAUGACAUCCUCUCUCUGACCGUCAACCAGCACCCGAAAUACAAGAAUAUCAUCGCCUCCGGACAGAUCGGUGACGUCAGUGAACUCCCAGGAACGACUCCCUCCAUCCACGUGUGGGACGCCAUGAGUAAGCAGACUCUGUCCAUCCUGCGCUGUCCUCACACUAAAGGAGUCGGCUACGUGAACUUCAGCGCCACGGGGAAGCUGCUGCUGUCUGUCGGAGUGGAGCCUGAACACACCAUCACUGUGUGGCGCUGGCAGGAAGGAUCUAAGGUGUGCAGUAAAGCCGGACACCCCGACCGGAUCUUCGUGGUGGAGUUCAGGCCGGACUCAGACUCCCAGUUCGUGUCAGUGGGAAUCAAACACGUGAAGUUCUGGACGCUGGCCGGCGGCGCUCUGAUGUAUAAGAAGGGCGUGGUGGGAACGGUGGAGGACGGCAGGAUGCAGACCAUGCUGUCUGUCGCCUUCGGUGCUAAUAACUUGACGUUCACCGGAGCCAUUAACGGGGACGUGUAUGUGUGGAGGGACCACUACCUGCUGAGGGUGGUGGCCAAGGCUCACACUGGGCCGGUGUUCACCAUGUACACCACCCUGAGAGACGGGCUCAUCGUCACCGGCGGCAAGGAGAGACCGACUAAGGAAGGCGGUGCGGUGAAGCUUUGGGAUCAGGAGAUGAAGCGUUGCCGAGCGUUCCAGCUGGAGACGGGGCAGCAGGUGGAGUGUGUCCGCUCCGUCUGCAGGGGAAAGGGUAAGAUCCUGGUGGGCACGAAGGACGGGGAGAUCAUUGAGGUGGGGGAGAAGAACGCCGCGUCCAACCUGCUGCUGGACAGUCACGCUCGGGGGGGAAUCUGGGGUCUGACUGCUCAUCCUGCUAAAGAGCUCUGCAUCACCGCCAGCGACGACGCCACCAUCAGACUCUGGGACCUCACGGACAAGAAACUGUUGAACAAGGUGUGUGUUGGUCACGGGGCCCGUUGUGUGAGCUACAGCGCAGACGGAGAGAUGCUGGCUGUGGGGAUGAAGAACGGCGAGUUCCUCCUCCUCCUCGCCAACUCGCUCAAGAUGUGGGCGAAGAAACGAGACCGAAGCCACGCCAUCCAGGACAUCCGGUUCAGUCCUGACCGGAGGUUGUUGGCGGUCGGGUCGGUGGAGAAUACGGUGGAUGUUUACGAUGUGAGCGGAGGACCGAGUCUGAACCGUCUGGUUUACUGCAGCGACAUCCCUGCUUUCAUCCUGCAGCUCGACUUCUCUGCUGACAGCUGCUACAUACAGGUGUCCACAGGAGCUUAUAAGCGGCAGGUGUUUGAGGUUCCUUCAGGGAAGCUGGUGAGCGACCAGACAGUCAUCGACAGAAUCACCUGGGCGACCUGGACCAGUGUUCUGGGAGAUGAAGUUCUCGGGAUUUGGCCGCGAAAUGCAGACAAAGCCGACGUCAACUGUGCGUGUGUGUCGCACGCCGGCCUCAACAUCGCCACUGGCGACGACUUCGGAUUGGUCAAACUCUUCGACUUCCCCUGCACUGAGAAGUUUGCCAAACACAAGCGCUACCUCGGCCACUCGGCUCACGUGACCAACAUCCGCUUCUCCCACGAUGACAAAUACGUGAUCAGCACAGGAGGAGACGACUGCAGUGUGUUUGUGUGGAAAUGCCUGUAA